CCAGGACGAUAUAAACACUAUGUCUUAACAUUUUGUAUUUUAAUAAGGUUUAUUGAUUUAAAAGUUAGAUUUGGACUUUGGAUCAAUAUUUUAACAGAUAAACAGACAAAUGUGCAUUGAAAAGGGACGAUUUUGUUAUUGGCAACCGUAGUACACUUAACUUAGCAAUAAUUGGAGACGAUUAUCAUACAUAGAAAGAAAAAAUGAAGAGUUAAAUAUCAUAACAGGAGUAAAAAGAGAAAUUGGAAAACUUGGGAACUGUAUUAAACUUUUGCUAUAUUGUAAAUUAAUCUGUUUAGUUGACAGUGAAACGGAAUUGGGACAUCUUUAUCGGUGAAUAGAUCAGUUCAGAUAACAUAUUGAACAAAUUUUCUUUAAAAUGGCUACUGGUAGUCAAAUAGAUACAGAUAUUCUUUCAGAUGAAAUGUUUGACGUAUUAUGUUCAAUGUGUAAAAAUAAAGGAAAGAAUACUGAAGGCGAAAAAUUCUGUGUAGACUGUCACGAUUACUUUUGUAUUACUUGUGUUCAAGUUCACAAUGAAGUACCUGUAUUAGUUGGUCACAAGGUGUUGGAUAAGUCUCAAAUAAAGACCAGCAAAGGUCUGCCGAGGGCAUCAACAGAGAGAUGUGACAGACACAGUCAUAAACACAUUGAUAUGUACUGUCAGGACCAUGAUAAUGUUGGCUGUUCUACAUGUAUGGCAGUUGAUCACAGAUUAUGUAAGGACACAUUCUACAUACCAGAAUUUAUCCAAAGAAAUAAUUACCAAGAUACAUUCGGAGAAAUACAAACAAAACUCAAGGAAAUAGCUAAGAACCUUGCAAAACAAACUGACAGAUUUAAACAGAAUAAAGAAAGGCUGUUAAGGAGGAAAGCAGAAAUACUCGCUGAUAUCAGAAAAUUCCGUCACGAAAUCAAUGACCAUCUUGACAAUUUGGAGAAAAGUUCUAUUGAUGAGAUAGAAGAUGAAGUCAAAUGUCUUGAAGACAAAAUUGAAGAUGGCCUCAAACAGCUACAAGCAAACAGGUCCAUGGUUAUCUCAGCUAAUGAUAAGUUAGCAUCUAAAAACGCAAAUCCAUCUGAAGUGUUUGUUUAUGUGAAGAUGGGAGAAGAUGCUGCAAAUGUUGCCAACAACUAUAUAGAAGAUGCAAAAUUACUAUGCACAGUAGAAGACAUCAAGUUUCAACCUGAUAGAACAUUUCUUACACAGCUAGAAGAAAAGAAGACGCUAGGCAUAUUGAAAAAGAAACAUACAAAAACGUCUGUCAAUUUAUUUCAGAUUAAAGGAAAUCAAUCAUAUAAUGUAAAAGUUGAGUCUGAUAUAAACGAUUGUUAUAUCACGAGUGCCUGCUGUAUGGAAGAUGGUACAAUAAUUCUAGCUGAUCACAAUAACAAAAAGCUUAAAAGGUUACACAGUUACAACUAUAGUGUCACAGACUACUGUGAUCUAUCUGGAAAGCCAUGGCAAGUGUGUAUGAUCAAUAACACACAAGUAGCAGUAACUGUUCCAUCACAAAACGAAGUUCGUCUCAUUUCUGUAGAAAGACACAUGAAAACAACAAAAAAGAUAAACACUAAAUUUGAAUGUUAUAGUCUUGCAUAUGCAAACAAUAACUUUUAUAUUUCAGACAAUCGUACAUCAAUAUAUCUGUGUACAUUGUCUGGCACGAAACUGAAACAAUUCAGUCAGGAUCAAUCAGGACAUAAGCUAUUCUCCAACAAUCACAGUCUAGCUGUCAGUCAGGAUGCUACAAGGAUUUAUGUUCUUGACUGUAAUAGUGGACUGAUGGUACUGGACAACAAUAGUCAAGUUAUUUCAUCAUUUAAUGUUAAUCAAUUAAAUGACCCUAGGUAUUGUUAUCUCACAGAAGCAGGCAGUGUGCUGGUAUCUGGAUUUCGCUCCAAAAAUGUUUUACAGUUUACAUCUGAUGGUGUGCUGAUAGGGGAGGUUAUAAAAGCUGAUAGUAGCAAACAGCACAUAACAUCAGUCUGUUGUAAUCAUCAAAUGACUAAGAUGUGCAUAAUCAGAGUUGAUGACAACAUUGAAGUUUAUGACAUCUAAUCUGUUAAAAAGAAGAAGAAGAAGAAUCUUUAAUUUGCAAAUUGACUCAUAAAGAGUCAUAUACAAUUUUUCAUGAUAAAUACAAUUACAUGUACAUGUAUGUUAUAUGUAAAUUCUUAA